AUGUGGCCUAUGUAUGUGGACUAUUCGAGUGAUGAAUGCAAGAAGGUUUUAAGAGGUUUAGAAUUGGAUGCAUAUUCAUCAAUCAUCAAUGCAUUUCGUGCUCAAGGAGUUUUAACUAGAGAGAGAAGAAAAAUGCUUUUGGAUUUGUGUUCUGUUCUUGGUAUAUCUAUGGAGCGUCAUAGAGCAGAAGUCAGACGUGCUAUAAAUGAUGAGCAUUUAAAUACUAUAGCAGAGAGGCUUUAUGGUCCUAAUACAGUAACUGAAUGGGCAAUUGAGGGCAGACGACUAGUUCCUCUCAUGCCAAGACUCGUUCCUCAAACAGUAUUUACAGCUUUGGCUAAUUCAGCUGCUAAUGCGCAAGCUGUCAAAAAUGCCGCUUUGCCUCUACCAGGAAAAACAGGAUCAAGAGAAUUGCGCCCUGGUGUUGAAACUAUGUCUAGUCGCAAAAGAAAAGAGCCUCCUGAUCCGCCUGAUGCUGUUCCACAAAAAAUAAGUUCAUUAGAUUGUCAAUAUCAUAUAAUGCUUAAAUCAGCAUCUACAGUUACAACAUUUUCAAGUUUUGAUCAGUUGGCUUCAAAUUUGAUGGCAAGUCGACCUACGGCACAGUCUCCGAUACCUACUGUUUCUGUCGAAGACCAUGUAUCAACAGCUUCUGAGCUUGUAAAAACUCCAUGUGAAAUGAAAACCACACAAAAGACACCACCAUCCAUAAGUACGAAAAGCCCUGCAGUUCUCCCAUCUCCUGUUUCAACUCCAAUGUCAUCUCCAGCUGUUGCUUCAUCACCAAGCAAUAAGUUUUUAACUCAAAUUAGACCGAAAAAUACAGGUCAUACGAGACAAAGUUUACCAUCUACAUUGGGCUUAAAACUAAAUUCCCAGCCUCAGAUCAGUCAAAGGACAAUAUCACCAAAAUCUACAAACAUAAAAGUGAAACAAGACAAUGCUGCUGGUUUAUUUACAAAAAAGACUUCUACUGUUUUUUCAACUCCUGCAGUUACAGAGAAUCAAACUUCUCAAUUUUCAUCUCCCAGUGUUAGUGAAUCUCUUGCUUCAAAGACAUCUGUUUCAGUUUCAAAAUCAAAUUCUAAGUUGGAAUCUCAAAGUGUUCCAAACCAGCAAUCGAAUACAAAAUUAACGACUGUAGCUAAAAGUUUUCCUAAGACUUCGCCCCAUGGAUCACAAUACAUGGCAAGGUCUUUUUUCUCUUCAACGUCUAAAAGUGGUACCAAGAGUUUAGCUCCUGUAAUAUUUAAUGUGUCUUCAACUACUUGUUCACCACUUCAAACAUCAACAAAGACAACCGGACCAGUUCAAAGUGAAAGCAGUAAAACAAACCCUCAACUGUUACCCAAAUCAACUGCAGUUGGAAUAAGCCAUAGUCAUUUAAAGCUCAACACUUCAAAUACUCAAACUAUUCAGUAUAGGAACGAUGGAGGAAUGGUAAGAAGUGCCCGGAUAGUCAAUAUUUCACAGCCUGUUGGCUCACGUCUUCCUUGUGCCAUUUCACCCUCGACAAUAUCAGCAUUAGGCCUUGCAUCUAAUUUGUCAUCAACUGCUCUAAGAGUAACUUUGCCUGCUGGGACAUUAAACAAUUCAUCUUCAAUGAGAGUUUCUGCAGCUGCUAAACCAAAUGUAAUUGUUGUUCAUAAGGCUCAGAUGUGGCCAAGGACUCAAGGUGCAGUUAUAAUGAGUUCAACAACAACAUUACCUAGGUUGCCAAGUGACGUUCUCCAUGAAGCGGUGAAUAUGGCUCAAAAGCAAGAAAAGAGGCCUGGUGCCAAAAUUGCUCCCAAAACAAUUGCUCCAGCUCGACCAUUGUCACCAGUGGUUUCUGCUACUACUAUCAAAAUUCCUGAAUCAAGUCUUCUGUCCAAUCCUGCCAUUAGCAAAGCUUCUCAGCAAGAUGGAGUCACACAACCGGAAAAUUCAAAUGCUAAAGUUGUUGAAAAUUCUGCUGAAGCCCAGUGUAAAAGAAAUUUAUUAGCAGAUAUCAUUGAAGCAUCUGGCAUUCUGCUAGAAAGUAAUUCAGAGAAGAAUUCUUCAAAAGAUAAUGGGGAUGGCACUCCGAUUGAAAAGGGAGGAAAAAAUCAAGAACCCAAGUUGAAAAAGGCACAAAGUAACAGCAUAUCUAGCUCAACAAAUGAAGCAUCUAGCUUUCCAGAUUCCAGUUCAUCAAAAGCACCAGUUUCAAAUGAAUCAUCUGAAAGUGUCUCUGUAUUCUCUAUACCUGAAGAAAAAAAUGGAAAUGAUGUAAAAAAACAAGGAGCUGAGAAAAAAGUUUUAAAGAGAGAUUCUAGCAAUACAUUAGUUUCAACUUCUCAAGUUGUGAACGAACAAGCAAAUACUGAACAAGGUUGUCAAAAACUGGCAGAAUCGGCAAAUGACAAGAAUUUAUAG